CUAUGGCUUCAAAUAGUUUUCCACAUCUGUAUCUUUUCCUGCUAAUAACCUGUCUUCUUCUAUUUACAACUGCUAAUCCUGUAUUAGGAUUUUACAAAUCCAUUUUCAGUUUUGGGGACUCCCUCGCUGACACCGGAAAUGUACUCUUCUCCAGCCCAGAUGAAUAUGUCGGCAAAUUACCUUACGGAGAGACCUAUUUUCAUCAAGCUACUGGUCGGUCCUCUGAUGGCCGCCUAGUUAUUGAUUUCAUUGCCAAAUCUGUAGGACUGCCAUUACUCCCGCCGUAUCUAGCAAGUAGCGGUAAGGAUUUAAGACAGGAAGUGAAUUUCGCUGUAGGGGGAGCUACAGCUUUGGAUGCUUCUUUCUUCGAAGAAAGAAAGGUUUCAGUUCCUAAGAAUGCCUCUCUUAAAGUUCAACUCAAAUGGUUCAGAGAACUCUUACCUUCUCUUUGCAAUCCAUCUUCAAAUGAUUGCCAUGAAUUUCUGAAAACAUCUCUAAUUCUGAUGGGAGAAAUCGGUACAAACGAUUAUAAUCAUCCAUUCUUCCAAGGAAGAAGUCUAGGAGAGACUCAAACUUUCAUACCCGAAAUCAUCAAAGCCAUUUCCUUCGCCAUAAAGGUCUUGAUAAAGGAAGGUGCUGUAACAUUCAUGGUCCCCGGAAACUUACCAAUUGGGUGUGCAGCACUGUAUUUAACUGAAUUCAGGAGCCCUGAAAUAGCCGAUUAUGAUGAGACUGGUUGUAUCAAGUGGUUAAACGAGUUCUCCAUGUACCACAACAAAUUGCUUCAGAAAGAGUUGGAUAUUUUGAGGGAAAUGCACCCACAUACCAACAUAAUUUAUGCUGAUUACUACAGUGUUGUCAUGAAGAUUUACCAAUCUCCUAAACCAUUUGGAUUUGAGAGUGGGAUUCUUAAAGCAUGUUGCGGAGGUGAAGGUCCAUACAACUGCAACAAAUCUGUUCAGUGUGGAAGUGUUGGUGCAAGAGUUUAUGGUGAUCCAUCAAAGUGUGUGAACUGGGAUGGUUUUCAUUUGACUGAAGCCGCAAACAAAAUUAUAGCCAAUGCUUUGAUACAAGAACAUUACCGGUUCUUCUUCCCUGCCACCCGUAUCAUCAGUAACACUACAUACAUGUUGAUCUGUUCAUCCGUACUUGUACCAUUGCCAAUCCUGAUCAUGAUUUAUUAUAACUUCUCCAAGUAUUAUUACAUUGUAUUCCCUGACAAGAAAGAGGAAGCCCGUGAUGAGGAACUAACGCAAUUCAUGUAAUUAUGUUAUAUACUAUUGUGGGAAAUCAA